CAGAUUGAAAGAAAAAAACCAAACAAACACAAACAAGCAAACAAGCAAACAAGCAAACAAGAACGACGAAAUGGCGCAGCAGACAGUGCUUGUGACGGGCGGAUCCGGCUUUAUUGCAAGCUGGUGCAUCAGCGUUCUCCUCGAGCGCGGAUUUAAAGUGCGCGCCACGGUGCGGUCGACAGCCAAGGAGGCCUCUGUGCGCGCCGCAGUCACGCCGGCCGCUGCCGUGCACGUCAAGGACAACCUCACAUGCGUCGUGGCAGACCUCACUGCAGACGCCGGCUGGGACGAGGCCGUUGCCGGGUGCGAGUACGCGAGCGACCCCGAGGAGGUCAUCCGUCCGGCUCGCGAGGGCACCCUGCGUGUGCUGCGAGCUGCCACGCGCGCGGGCGUCAAGCGCGUGGUUGUGACGUCGAGUCUCGCGGCGGUCGUUCCGCCCAACGUCGACGAGGACAAGAUCUUUGACGAGCAGAUCUGGACCGACACGUCCGAUCCCGCUCUGUCGACGUACCGUCGUUCAAAGACACUUGCAGAGCGGGCGGCGUGGGAGUUCUUCCAGAACGAGCCGAGCACCACGACGACCCUGACGACCAUUCUGCCGGGCAUGGUUCUCGGUCCCCUCCUCUCGCCCGCGCAUCUCGAGGGCUCCACCAAAAUGAUUCAUCGCUUGCUGAAUGGCUCGCCCAGUCUCUGCCCGCGCAUCUCCAUGAUGAUUACGGAUGUGCGCGAUCUUGCCGACGCCCAUGUCGCUGCGCUCACGAGUCCCGACGCUGCUGGCCAGCGACUGAUUAUUACCUCAGAGAUGAAGCUCCUGCUCGACGUGGCCACCAUUCUGCGCGAAGAGCUGACUGCCGAGGAGGCCGCCAACGUGCCCGUCCGCAACAUGCCCGACUGGAUUCUGCGCAUCAUGGGCUGGUUUAGCGGCGAAAUUGCCAUGAUCGUGCCGAUGAUUGGCCGCAAGGCUUGCUGGAGCGCGGCGAAUGCCCAAAAGCGCAUUGGCUUUACGCCCCGCCCCGCCCGCACGACCAUUGUCGACUGUGCCCGCAGCUUGCUGGAGCUUCCCAAGUCGACUUGAAGAAGUUGCAAAAAAAGUUUUCGCUUCUCUUUUCUCGGUUUUCUUUUCUCGUCUUGUUUUGUAUUCCGCUUUUUUCGUUAUUGAAUUCAUUGUUAAUGAUGUUGUGUUAUUUUGCUUAUUUGUUGCCUUGACCAUCAGCCAGGGAUGGCUGUAUUAAGUACACAUAAAGUGCGCGCUCAG